CUACACUUCAACGAACUUCCGUUUCGACAUUUGUUUGGGGUUUUGGAUAAAUCAUCCACCACUGGACCAACAUCAACAACCGGGAAACUAAGCAAGCAAAUUGAAAAUUCUGAAGCUCUUCCGGUGGUGAGCGACUUUCAGAGAAUUGCGUUGGAAAAUAUGCCUCCUGUUGCAGAACAGCACGAAUAUUCCACCGAUUCGCAGUACUUAUACGACAUGGCACAUGCAAUUUCUAAUGGCGUGGUUUCUGUGGAUCUGGCUAACAUAAAACCAGGGAAAAUUGUACAUUCUCGCUGGCUCACCAAGGCCGCUAGAUUAUUACGAUUAUAUGUGACAAUGAAAAAACCACCUAAAAAUUUAAGAAUUCUGGUUGAAUUUAUAAUUAAGGUUUAUGUGCCAAUGUAUUUUAAUAUCAAGUAUUACAGCUCUGUCGUGUACGGUAGUGUAUUAUUUUUCAAGUACAUUACUUGGGCACAAUUUCUGGAGCCAAAUUUACGCACUGUUGUCAAUCAUGUAAUUAAAUAUAAUCCAUAUUUUGCACAUUCGGAAAAUAUAUUGCUAUCAAUGUUGUUUGAUGAUAGGAAAGAGGUGCGCGACUCUGCUAUCAAGAAAAUUUUACGAUAUCGAGACAACGUUGAAGACCCAUCGGAACUUAGAGAAUAUAAAAAACCAGAUAUAAACUUCCAUUGCUUCGAUUACACGAAAAUGAUCGAUUUGACUGAUAAAAAUAACGUAUUUGAACCACCAUUCACGCGAAUCAUUCCGUAUGAAACAUUGAUAGCAUAUUUAAAUGAAGAUGAUUCACCAUUAACUGAUCCGCAUAUUCCAUUACAUAUACAAGGAACGGAACAACACGUUCAACUGCUAGCUAGCGUUUCCAAACGAGUAAUAUCGGAAAAUGUAGAGGCUGUUAUGGAGGCGACAUUAGAGAGCCGUGCGAAAUUGCCCAGUGUUGAAACCAAAAAAGACUUCAAACAAUAUUUUUUUAGUUUCUUUCCUAUGUUCUGAUCGAAUAAAUUUUUAAAGAGAAAACAAAAAUCCAAAAAC